AAAGUACUAGUCUGAGUUAAGAAUUUAAGAACAAUUCUGAACAAGGUUUCUGAAACCAACAUACAAAACUACUGAUAGACACUUAUGACAUUGAGCUGUUUGUGAACGCCUGUGCGUUUGGUGACGGAAGUAGUCUUACCUUGUCAUGCCCACUAAACUACAGCGUCAUUCUGAGCCUUCAGGUGAGAGAUGAGAGAACGCCGCGGGAUCGACUGCGUGGAACUCUGAACGGUCCGUCGAGAUUUUUUUCCAAUUGGACUUUUCAUCCAAACUGCCUUAAAAAAAAAGGAGCGUCCGGAUUGACGGAUCGGAUUUUCAGGCGUGUUCUCUUCUUCUGUUUGGUAGCGAAACUAGUUUCCUGAAAUAACAUGAGUUCUGCCGUGUAUGAACACGGAGGGAACGGGCGUCAUGAGAAUGUCACCUUCCUGACGAAUGAACAGAAGGUGGCACCAGCACGGAGGGCGAGCAUUGCAGUGGGGGUCUUUGUGGCUCUGAUGGUAGUGGCCGCAGUGGUCGGAUUUCUUGUGUGGCUCUUCGUUGUCAGGAGCAAAGAAUUGGAAAAUGAGUCCACCUUUCAUAAACACAGCUCAUCCACACUGGUUUACAGUGGGCAAAUGAAACUUCUCAAACUAGAGUACAGCCCAGUGUACGACGAUCCCAACAGUAAAGAAUUCCAACAAGUGGCGAGGGACUUGGAAGGAAUUAUGAACAAUACAUUCACCAGAGAUCCUCUCCUUUCCAAAUACUAUACCAAGUCUGUCAUCACUGCCUUCAGUGAAGGAACCUUAGCAUAUCAUUGGUCUCAAUUUGACAUUCCUGAGAAGGACCGAGAGAUCGUCCCAGAGCUGUCGGAGGAGCGUGUGGUCCGGGCUCUGCUGAGGGGCAUCCGGCAGGAGGGCAGACAAGCCGGGAGCAUUGCAGUCAAUGUCAGCGACAUCACUGCUUCAUCCACAGACCCUCGGAUGGCCAGGGAACCCAGAUCCAGUGAGUGGUGGUGGAUGAUUGCUCCUAAAGGCUACGCCAUCAUUGUCAAGUUCAAGUCCUUUCACAUAGAAGAUGACUGUGCCAAUGACUACGUGGCCAUCUAUAACUCUCUCAGUCCUGACAGCACGUAUGCUAUCACAAAAGUUGUUGAUGUUGUCCAGAAAACUGGAUUCAGAGCGGUUUACGCUGCCAUUCCCACUAUUGCUGCUGGGAGCUGUGGAGGAUCUCUGACUGCUCCCACAGGAAACUUCACCUCUCCUCAUUUUCCUAGUUUCUAUCCUCCUCUGUUGGACUGCACCUGGAACAUCAACGUUCCUGCUGGCAGAAGGAUAAAGAUUGAGUUCAGUAUGUUCCGUGUGAAAGAGCCGGGGGUGGACACUUACAGAUGUCACAAAGACUACGUAGAGGUGCUGGGUAAAAAGUUUUGUGGAGAGAGACGUAGACUUGUUCUCUCUAGCACCACCAAUUCCUUAGAAGUGAAGUUCCAUUCAGAUGAAUCCUACACUGAUAAGGGAUUCAGGAUCAUUUACACUGCCUUUGACCCUGUAAACCCUUGCCCUGGUCAGUUUGCGUGCACCUCAGGCUACUGCAUCAAAAAAGAGCAACAGUGUGACGGGUGGAAUGACUGUGAAGACAUGAGUGAUGAGAAAAGCUGCAAAUGUGAUGAGGAACAGUUCUCUUGCAGUAAUGGCCUGUGUAGGCCUCAGUACUUUGUGUGUGACAGAGUGAAUGACUGUGGUGACAAUAGCGAUGAGGAACAUUGUGAUUGUGGCAAAGCUGAGGAAAGGUGCGGGGAUGGUGCCUGCAUCCCACAAGAAUUUAUAUGCGAUGGGAAAAAUGAUUGUGCUGAUGGCAGUGAUGAGGUCUCCUGUGUAGCAGCGGCUGGUAUCUGCAAUGAUUUCUCCUUCAUAUGUAAAAACAAGCAGUGUGUAAACAAAGUGAAUGCAGAGUGUGAUCGUGAAGAGGACUGCUCAGAUGGUUCGGAUGAACAGGGAUGUGACUGUGGAGUCCGGCCAUACAAGCACAACCGUAUUGUGGGUGGGCAGAACGCAGAUGUGGGUGAAUGGCCGUGGCAGGUCAGUCUACAUUUCCAGACCAGCGGACACGUUUGCGGUGCCUCAAUCAUCUCCAACAAAUGGCUGCUGUCUGCUGCCCACUGCUUCAUCCAGCCUGAUUCAGCCUACAAAAUAACAUCCAACUGGCUGACGUACAGUGGUCUGCGGGACCAGAACAUCCAGGAUGGCUCUGUUCAGAAGCGCACUUUGAAGAACAUUAUCACCCACCCAAACUACGACUCAAUGACCAACGAUUAUGACAUCUCACUGCUGGAACUGAGCGAUCCAUUGAACUUCACCAACACAGCGCAUCCCAUCUGCCUUCCGGCGUCGACCCACGUCUUCUCGGCUGGUAGUGCCUGCUUUGUUACAGGCUGGGGCACACUCCGAGAGGGAGGAAGUGUUGCACAAAUCCUGCAGAAAGCAGAAGUAAAGGUGAUUAAUGAUACAGUAUGCAACAUGGUGACCGAAGGUCAGGUGACCUCUAGAAUGAUGUGUAGCGGCUACCUCACCGGAGGUGUGGACGCUUGUCAGGGAGACUCCGGCGGUCCUCUUGUGUGUCGUUCCGAUGUAGGCAAAUGGUUCCAGGCUGGCAUUGUGAGCUGGGGAGAAGGCUGCGCUCGGCGGAACAAGCCUGGAGUCUACACGCGUGUCACCAAACUGCGGGAAUGGAUCCGUGAAAUCACAAACAUAUAGUGAAGCCUGGACCUGCAAUCAUACGACAACCAAAGCAGAAGAACAAAAAUGUUGAGUGCCGUGAAUAUUUAGUACAGUAUGUGAGCCGCACUCACAAAAGCAAAAGUAAAUACAACUUUGGUCAACAUCCUUUGUGAGAAAAAAAAAAUAGAUUCAGAUUUAACUUGCAUAUGUUUCAGACCACCUGGUCGUUUUCAUAAUACCACUUUCAUUCAUUAUGAAUAUUUGGUGGAUAUAGCUUAUGAAUGAUGUCUUUCAUAGUGGUAUCAAUCAAAAGUUGACUUCAACUUUAGUCAGCCAUAUAAAAUGGUUCAUAAAAUACAUGCAGAUACCACUAUAAUGACAAUACAUGUCACUGUGAUGUACUGUUACACUCAUUUACCUACUCGUUGUCAUGCAGUUGUAGUUCCAUUUGUUUGUAUCUGAUUCCUUGAACAGUAACUUCAUAAAUGGCACUUAGAGAUCAAACUGCCUAUAAUGAGACUGCCAACACUUUUGACCUGGUGGAAGUUUUGUUAUCUUUAUGAAUUAUAUUCGGUUUAAAAAGUAUUUUUUCUUAUGCUCAAAGUGUGCCUUAAUUAAUUCCAAAGACUGGACCCUGUAUCUUCUCAGAAACAAUGCGUCUCAGGCUUUGGAGGUAGCAUCAAUCCCUGCAUUUUUUUUCCCCUUCAGAAGCUUCUUUGCAAUCUAGAAAUUUCUGUAAGCGUCUCACUCAGGUUGACCUUCUUUCCUCACAUCUGUGUGAUCUCGAAACCUCAGUGCCACAGCUCUGAAAUAGAGGAUUAGGUAAAAAUAGGCUAUUUCCAUCACCCAUUUGCCAAUACAACCAAGGCCAACAUAGGUCACACACUUCUGCUGCAUGUUAAAGUUCCAGCCAAUCAAUGUCAAAGCAGGAUGGUCUCUCCUUCAAAGAGGCCCGAACAUAUUAAGAAAUCUAUACCGCUGCUUUCUUAUAGACUUGGCAAGUUUCUUUCCCGUGGAAAGUCCACUUGCUUAGUAAGAUUUUCAGGCUUUGUGGUGCAGUGACUUAAUUUCUCAGGAGGUACAAGAGACGUUUGCUGUAUUUUGAGACGUCAAGCAAUAGAUGCUGUAUUUAUGUACUACAGAAGUUUAAUAUAGCAUCAUGAUGUGCAAUUUGACCUAUUGAGGGCUUGUUAGGAUUUCAUUUUUAAAUUGUGUAAAUUUCAAACAAUUUUAAAUUGUUUUUAAAACUGCAGUGCUUAUCUAUGGCCUUAAGUGUCUGGGUGACUAAGUGCUUUUUGCAUUGUUCAUGUAACUGAUAACGUGUUGGUCUUUUCUGUUUCGUUGUGUUUUAUAUUUUAUCACUACGCAAAUGUUUUAAUGUAUGCAAAUUUUCCUAGAGUUUGUAAUGUUUUCUUGACAAUAAAAUACAUGCUGGUUUUACAUCA